AUGGCCCCCGUGUCCAGCAAGAAGCAGCAGUCCUUGACGUCCUUCUUCACCCCAAAGACCGUCAACGGACUGGCCGCUUCCUUUGAGAAGCAGAGCCGCGCAUCCGCCUCGCCCAGCGACGACGCCUCGUCCCGGAAACGACCGCUCGACGACGUCGCAGACGAGCCAAAGGGCAGACCCGACCGCACGUCCAAGAAGGCCAGGUCCUCGCCUGCAGAAGCCCAAGCACAAGACGGCGACGUCGCUGCACCACCCUCACCCCCCGCCGCGCCACCAGCACGCGCCGACCGCUACAUCUACGACGCAGCAAGCUCGGCCACCAACCAUGACUCCCAUCAGGCUCAGCCAGAAGAUGUCCCGGCCGGCGAGGACGAUGGAGACGCCGAAGCAGAUGACGACGAGUCUCCGGCACCCGCCAAGUUAAAGAAAAAGUCGUCCAAAUCGGGCAAGCUGACGCCAAUGGAGACGCAGUUCCUCGAAAUCAAGAGAAAGCAUAUGGACACUGUCCUCAUCGUCGAGGUCGGCUACAAGUUCCGCUUCUUUGGCGAAGACGCCCGAAUCGCCGCAAAGGAGCUGAGCAUUGUGUGCAUCCCAGGCAAGAUGCGAUAUGACGAGCAUCCGUCGGAAGCUCACCUGGACCGCUUCGCCUCCGCAAGCAUCCCCGUACACAGGCUAUCCGUCCACGCCAAGCGGCUCGUUGCGGCCGGGCAUAAAGUCGGAGUCGUCCGCCAGAUUGAGACAGCCGCCCUCAAAAAGGCGGGCGACAACCGCAAUACACCCUUUGUCAGGAAGCUCACCAGCCUCUACACCAAAGGCACCUACAUCGACGAGAACGGCGAGCUGGACCAGCAGACCGAGGGCGCACCCUCGGGCGGUUAUCUGCUGUCCAUUACCGAGACCAAGUCCAAGGGCUCGGGGACGGACGAAAAGGUCGACGUGGGCAUCCUCGCCGUCCAGCCGGCCACGGGAGACAUCAUCUACGACAACUUUGAAGACGGCUUCAUGCGGAGCGAGAUUGAGACGAGGCUGCUGCACAUAUCGCCCUGCGAGUUCCUCAUCGUGGGCGAGCUCACAAAGGGCACCGAAAAGCUGGUCCAGCACCUGUCUGGGAGCAGCACCAACGUCUUUGGCGACCGCAGUCGCGUCGAGCGCGUGCCCAGGAGCCAGACCAUGGCCGCCGAGGCCUCGUCGCACGUUGCGCAGUUCUAUGCCGACGGGCUCAAGGACGCCUCCGAGGACCGCCCCACGGCCGCUCUCCUCGAAAAGGUGCUGAAGCUGCCCGAGCCCGUCACGGUGUGCCUCUCCGCCAUGAUCAACCACCUCAAGGAGUACGGGCUCGAGCACAUCUUCAACCUGACCAAGUACUUUCAAAACUUCAGCACGCGCUCCCACAUGCUCAUCAACGGCACCACGCUCGAGAGCCUCGAGGUGUACCGCAACUCGACCGACCGUUCCGAGAGGGGCAGCCUCUUCUGGGCCCUCGACAAGACGCUCACCCGCUUCGGCCAGCGGCUCCUGCGCAAGUGGGUCGGCCGCCCGCUGCUCGACCAGGACCGCCUCGAGGAGAGGAUGGCGGCGGUGCAGGAGCUUCUCGACAAGCAGUCGACGGCGCCCCUCAACGAGCUGGAGAAGCUACUCUCGUCGGUCAAGAUUGACCUUGAGCGCAGCCUGAUCCGCAUCUACUACGGCAAGUGCACGAGGCCCGAGCUCCUCUCGGCCCUCCAGACUCUGCAGAGGAUCGCGACCUACUACUCGGCGCAGAGGUCGUCGUCGGCGGCCGCCCCGUUUUCGGCCGCCCUGCUGGCAUCGGCCACCGGCACCCUGCCCCAGAUCCUCGAUGCCGUCGUCUCCUACCUCGAGCGCAUAAACCUCCAGGCAGCCCGCAAGGACGACAAGUACGGCUUCUUCCGCGACGACUUCCAGACCGAGGACAUCCAGGACCACCAGCUCGGCAUCGCUCACGUGGAGCACGAGCUCGACGCCCACCGCGCCGUCGCCGCCGACAAGAUCAAAAAGAACAAGGUCGAGUACGUCACCGUCGCCGGCAUAGAGUACCUCAUAGAGGUGCCCAAUUCCGAAAUCAAAAACGUGCCCGCCUCGUGGAGCAAGAUAUCCGGCACCAAGAAGCUCUCGCGCUUCCACACCCCCGAGGUCCUCGGCCUCAUCGCCGAGCGCGACCAACAUCGAGAGGCCCUCGCUGCCGCCUGCGACAAGGCCUUCAAGGACCUCCUCGCCGAAAUCUCCGCCGACUACCAGCCCCUCCGCGACGCCGUCGCGGCCCUGGCCACCCUCGACUGCCUCCUGUCCCUGUCCAAGGUUGCCGCCCAGCCCGGCUACAGCAGGCCGACAUUUUUGCCGUCGUCGUCGGAGCCCUCCAUCUCCAUCUCCCAGGGCCGCCACCCCAUCGCCGAGCACACCCUCGAGGCCGGCUACAUCCCCUUCACCACGGCGCUCGCCCACCCCUCCCCGCUAGCCUACCUCAUCACCGGGCCCAACAUGGGUGGCAAGUCGUCCUUUGUCCGCGCCCUGGCCCUCAUCGUCCUCCUCGCCCAGAUCGGCUCCUUCGUCCCCGCAGACUCCCUCUCCCUCACCCUCUGCGACGCCAUCCACACCCGCACCGGCGCCCAGGACAACCUCUUUGCCGGCGAGUCCACCUUCAUGGUCGAGGUCUCGGAGACGGCUCGCAUCCUGCGCUCCGCCACCCCGCGCAGCCUCGUCAUCCUCGACGAGCUCGGCCGCGGCACCAGCACCCACGACGGCGCCGCCAUUGCCCAUGCCGUCCUGCAGCACAUAGUCACCGAGACGCGCUGCCUUACCCUCUUCAUCACCCACUACCAGAACCUGGCCCGUGUCGUCGACGGCCUCGACGGCGUCAAGAACGUACACAUGAAGUUCCGGGCCGACGACGGCGCCGACGGCGAGGAGAUCACUUUUCUCUACGAAGUGGGCGAAGGCGUCGCUCACCGGUCCUAUGGCCUCAACGUUGCCCGCUUGGCGCGUAUUCCCAAAAAGGUACUCGAUGUGGCCGCCGGCAAGUCGGCUGACCUGGAGCUGGAGGUCAGGACGCGCCGACUCAGGGGGGCAUGUCGCACAUUGAACGACAUCAUUACGGGCGAUGCUUCGGAACAGCUGCCGCAGCUUAUGGCCAGCAUCGCGCAGCUGUAA